AUGUUCGGCCAGUCGAGUCUGUUCGAGGACAUGGUGCCGACCCUGGAUCGCCGAUACAAUGUGACCCUGAUCUCCGAUAUCUUCUUCGGAACAGCCGAUGGUCCGGCCACUCUCCGGAACUGGGCAGCACAUCUCUGGUCUGAGAGGCACGGCGUCCCUCCAUCAUCCCUCAUUGUUGUCGACACUCGACCCCACCAGCCCGGCACGCCGCUCUUCCGCGAUGCGCAGGAGCGCCAAGAGUCCGAGCAGGCCGCGUUGCGCCGAUUCGGAACCGGCGAAACACGCAUGAUUGAAGAGCAUUUCGGCAAACAUGAUCGCGUCUGGAGUCAAUCCUCCUGCCCUCCUGUGUAUCACGGCCCCAGUCUGUUCCCCGCCCACGCCCCUGUCCCGGGCGGAAGACAUGGUCGCUGGGUGGCAAGCCCACUGUCCACGCAUUGA